AAUGGAUCUGAACUUGGAGCCUUCGGACCUCGGCGGUUUUGGAAUAUCUACAUGCUGAUCCUCUUUGUCGUGGCACGUCAGCUCGUCGGGGGAAACCAUCCGAAGACAUCAAGAUGUUUCUCGCUAUCUUGUACUUCGCUUUGCCCUUAGUGGAUGUACUGCUGUCUGCAGAAGUGAGCGGGCUGCCUGGAGGGGACCGCCUGGACUGCGUGAAAGCCAGCGAUCAGUGUCUCAAGGAGCAGAGCUGUAGUACUAAAUACAGGACACUGAGGCAGUGCGUAGCCGGCAAAGAGAGCAACUUCAGCCGGGCGACGGGCCUGGAGACAAAGGACGAAUGCAGAAGCGCCAUGGAAGCUCUCAAGCAGAAAUCCCUGUACAACUGCCGCUGUAAGAGGGGCAUGAAGAAGGAGAAAAACUGCCUGCGCAUUUACUGGAGCAUGUACCAGAGCUUACAGGGAAAUGACUUGCUUGAAGAUUCCCCUUAUGAGCCAGUCAACAGCAGACUAUCAGACAUAUUCAGGCUAGCACCAAUUGUAUCAGUGGAGCCAGUACUUUCAAAGGGGAACAAUUGCUUGGAUGCAGCCAAAGCUUGUAACCUAAAUGAUACCUGCAAGAGGUUCAGAUCUGCUUACAUAACCCCCUGCACCAGCAGCACGUCUAAUGAAAUCUGUAACAAGCGGAAGUGUCAUAAGGCCCUCCGGCUAUUUUUUGACAAAGUUCCCCCAAAGCACAGCUACGGGAUGCUCUUCUGCUCCUGUCGAGACGUAGCCUGUACAGAAAGGAGACGGCAGACUAUUGUUCCUGUGUGUUCAUAUGAGGACAGGGAGAAACCAAACUGCCUGAAUUUACAAGAAUCCUGCAAGAAGAAUUACAUCUGCAGAUCUCGCCUUGCAGAUUUCUUCACAAACUGCCAGCCCGAGUCACGGUCUGUUAGUAGCUGUCUAAAGGAGAACUACGCUGACUGCCUCCUCGCUUACUCGGGGCUUAUCGGUACGGUGAUGACACCGAACUACAUAGACUCAAACAGUCUCAGCGUUGCCCCAUGGUGUGACUGCAGCAACAGCGGUAACGACAGAGAUGAAUGCAUGAAGUUUCUGAAUUUUUUCCAGGACAAUACAUGCCUUAAAAAUGCAAUUCAGGCCUUCGGCAAUGGUACUGAUGUGAACGUGUGGCAGCCAGUCUUACCAGUACAGACCACUACAGUCACAACUACAACCGCUUCCAGACUUAAAAACACAGGUUCAGAGACCACCAACAAUGAAAUACCCACCCACAACGAUUCACCAGCAUGUGCAAACCUGCAGGCACAGAAGAAGCGGAAAUCCAAUGAAUCUGUAGAUACAGAGCUCUGUCUGAAUGAGAAUGCUAUUGGGAAAGACAACACAGCAGGAGUCUCCACCAGUCACAUAUCUUCGGAGAAUUCGCUCGCUCCUCCUAGAAGCCUCUAUCUAAGCACACCGCUCACUCUGAUGACACUUGCACUCUCACUCUGUUUGUUCCUAAGCUCAUCAGUCAUCUUGUAGCUGCAUUCAAACGGACGUGUAAAAAAAAAAAAACCAAAAAAAAUCUGUUUCCUGUCUUCUGUUGUUUAUCUGGAAUUCCAGGUCUGGGAGCUAAGCUGAGGCACUCCUGCUAGAACAGUUUCAGUCAGCUGGAAUUUUUUUUCUCUCUCUCUAAAAAAGCUUCUUGUGAUAUUUAGAGGCUUUGUGAAAUACUUGGUGCAGUGCUACAUUCCAAACCCAAAAGGCUUUUGGGCAUGCAGUAUUUUAAAAAGACAGAGUGUAAAUUUGCCUGUAAAGCGACCUGGUUGGAUUAUUUUAAUAAUUGUUACUUUGAUUCUGGGUUUUACCUGAGAAGGAGGAUGGCAGUUUUCUUAAGAUCCUAUUUAUCUCAUUGAGUGGUUUUGGUUUUCAAAUUGAUUGAACUUCAGACUAUCAAGGAUGCCAGGCUUUUGUCUAAUGGUGAAUGUUCUCCCAGAGAGUGGACUUUAUGAAACUUCUUCAUUUGAUGAAUUGCUACUGACGUUAAAGUCCUUCAGCGUAUUAGCAUUUUCCUCUUUAAAUGUUUACGUACUGUAAGUGAUUCUGCGUUCCCUGCUGAGAAGCCAUUAUAAUUCACAUACAGGUGUCAUGUACGUCUUUCAGUUAAAUUCUCAUUAAAAUAGUGUGACAUAGAACUUUCUAACAGUACAUUUAUCUUUUAAUUAUAAUCAUCUAGCCUUAACAAGGGUGAAGAUUCUUUAAAUUAACAAGAAGCAGCCAUUGUGAAAGCUUGAUAAAGGUACGUUUGUUUAAAUUUGAGGAUAAACAGUAGAAACAAAUUUUGCUACAGGGUUUCAGCUGUACAGUCUAUGGUCUUCUGUGCUUCCAUUGUGAUAAUAUAAUCCAGUUAUUAUACUGUUUGUUUAAUAAAAAUUGCAUACAAUUUAUUUGCUCUGCU